UAAAGGCAUAUUCCCACGGAGCCAACAAAUGAUCUGAUUGCUUCUUUUGCGUCUCUCUCUCUCUCUCUCUCUCUCACAUAAGCAAGAUACUUUGCUGUGCACUCCACACUACGCUUUACUCACUGAUUUGGAGCCUUCUUCAUGCAGAAUCUCCACUAGAUUCUCUAACCGCUCGAGAUUCUUCUCCUCCACAACUCUGUCCUCUAUCUCCAUGAAAAUCUCUCCCAGUGCCAUCGUUGCCAACUCAACCACACAAUGUUAGGAUUUUUCAGAGAUAUCCGCACUCUAUCGCUCGUCGAUUCAUUGCCUCGAUUUGGAUUGUACAGUAAAGGUUCGAUUUCACAGGCGACAGCGAAGGAGAAGACUAAGCGUGGAAGAAGUACCAUCAUCAAUAAGAAGGCAAUAGCGGCGGAAUCGGAUUCAAAAGACCUAAGAAGGAGAUACUCUUGCAGCACAACUACUUCUUCACGAGUCGUUAUCUUCUCAGAGCGAGAACAAUGUCUGUUACGAAAGCCGUUUCGAGCUUGGACGAUGUGGUGGUGAAGUCACCCAACGAUCGGAGGUUAUACAGAGUGAUUGAAUUGGAGAACGGAUUGUCUGCUCUGCUUAUCCACGAUCCAGAUAUUUAUCUCGACGGCUCUGCGGCUGAUGGAAAGAAAACCGACGGUGAUCAAAUGGAUAAGGAUGAUGAGGACGGAGAAGAAGAGGAAGAUAGUGACGGGAGCUCUGAAGAUGAUGACGAUGAAGAAAUGGAAGGAGAUGAGGAUGAGGAUGAAGUGAAAGAGAAAGGGGAUCAUCAGACCAAAAAGGCAGCUGCAGCUAUGUGUGUUGCAAUGGGCAGCUUCUUGGAUCCUCCCGAGGCGCAAGGCCUGGCUCACUUUCUUGAACACAUGCUUUUUAUGGGUAGCACUGAGUUCCCCGAUGAGAAUGAAUAUGAUAGUUACUUGUCUAAGCAUGGAGGAUCCUCCAACGCAUACACCGAAAUGGAGCAUACGUGCUAUCACUUUGAAGUCAAGAGAGAAUUCCUUCAGGGUGCCUUAAAAAGGUUCUCUCAGUUUUUUGUUGCACCGCUGAUGAAGACUGAAGCUAUGGAACGAGAACUCCUUGCUGUUGAUUCAGAAUUUAACCAGGCCCUCCAAAAUGAUGCAUGUCGUCUGCAACAACUUCAGUGCCAUACGUCUACAAAGGGUCAUCCAUUAAAUAGAUUCGCAUGGGGUAACAAGAAGAGCUUGAGUGGUGCAAUGGAAAAUGGUGUUGAUCUACGGGAAUGCAUCGUGAAAUUGUACAAGGAAUAUUACCACGGUGGAUUGAUGAAACUCGUUGUCAUUGGAGGAGAACCUCUCGAUUUGCUUGAAAGUUGGGUUGCAGAACUAUUUGGCGAUGUCAAAAACGGAUCCAAAAUUAGGCCAACUCUGGUGGCAGAAGGUCCUAUUUGGGAAGGCGGUAAAUUAUAUCGCCUAGAAGCGGUCAGAGAUGUUCAUACUCUUAAUUUGACAUGGACUCUCCCUCCUCUUCGCCAUGCCUAUGUGAAGAAGCCGGAGGACUAUCUAGCACAUCUAUUAGGACACGAGGGUAGAGGAAGUCUUCAUUCAUUCCUUAAAGUUAAGGGCUUGAUAACCUCUCUGUCUGCUGGUGUUGGGGAUGAUGGAAUAAACCGCUCGUCUCUGGCCUAUGUUUUUGGAAUGUCCAUACAUCUCACUGACUCUGGUUUAGAGAAGAUUUAUGACAUCAUUGGCUACAUUUAUCAAUAUCUCAAGUUAUUGCGUGAUGCGUCACCACAAGAAUGGAUAUUCAAGGAACUCCAAGAUAUUGGGAACAUGGACUUUAGAUAUGCUGAGGAGCAGGCUGCAGAUGAUUAUGCUGCUGAGCUUUCAGGGAAUAUGCUUGCUUAUCCAGUAGAGCACGUUAUUUAUGGUGAUUAUGUAUACCAGACAUGGGAUCCAAAAAUGAUAGAAGAUCUCAUGGGUUUCUUCACACCAAAAAACAUGAGGAUUGAUGUUGUUUCGAAGUCAGUCAAGUCAGAAGAGUUCCAAACUGAGCCUUGGUUCGGUUCUCGUUACGUAGAAGAAGAUGUUCCAUUGACUUUGAUGGAAACAUGGAGCAAUCCUUCAGAAGUAGAUACUUCUUUGCAUCUUCCUUCAAAAAACCAGUUCAUCCCUUGUGAUUUUUCCAUCCGGGCUAUUAAUUCGGAUGCGGAUCCUAAAAGUCAGUCUCCCCCUAAAUGUUUAAUUGAUGAACCGUUAAUGAAGUUCUGGUACAAGCUUGACGAAACGUUUAAGGUUCCCCGAGCAAAUACGUACUUCCGCAUAAAUCUGAAGGGGGCAUAUGACAGUGUGAAGAACUGCCUUUUGACGGAACUAUUUAUCAACCUUCUGAAAGACGAGCUAAAUGAGAUUAUAUACCAGGCGAGUAUAGCAAAACUCGAAACUUCUUUAUCCAUGUAUGGUGAUAAACUAGAGCUUAAAGUGUAUGGCUUUAAUGAAAAAAUUCCAGCUCUCUUAUCAAAAAUCUUAGCCAUAGCCAAAUCCUUCAUGCCAAGCCUGGACCGAUUUAAGGUUAUCAAAGAAAACAUGGAGAGAGGGUUUAGAAAUAGUAAUAUGAAGCCGUUGAACCAUUCCACAUACUUGAGACUGCAACUCUUGUGUAAACGAAUCUAUGACAGCGACGAGAAGUUGUCUGUCCUAAAUGAUUUGUCUCUAGCUGAUCUCAACAGCUUUAUUUCUGUAGUCCGCUCUCAGAUAUAUAUUGAGGCUCUGUGUCAUGGUAAUUUGUCGGAAGACGAAACAGUGAACAUAUCAAACAUAUUCAAGAACAGUCUGACAGUUGAACCGCUCCCAGUCAAAUGUAGACAUGGAGAGCAGAUAAUGUGCUUCCCUCUGAAUGCCAAACUUGUAAGAGAUGUCACUGUGAAGAACAAAUCUGAAACAAACUCAGUAGUCGAGCUUUACUAUCAAAUCGAGCCUGAAGAAGCUCAGUCAACAAGAAUGAAAGCUAUGCUGGAUCUAUUUCAUGAAAUCAUAGGAGAGCCAUUGUUCAAUCAGUUGAGGACAAAGGAGCAGCUUGGCUAUGUUGUCGAGUGUGGCCCUCGCUUAACUUAUCGUGUCCAGGGUUUCUGUUUCUGUGUUCAAUCUUCCAAAUACGGUCCAAUACAUUUGCUCGAGAGAGUCGACAAUUUCAUAAAAGACAUCGAAGCUCUGCUGGAACAACUGGAUGAAGAUUCCUUUGAAGAUUAUAGAAGCGGUAUGAUUGCUAGAUUGCUAGAAAAGGACCCUUCUCUCUUGUCUGAGACAAAUGACUUAUGGAGUCAGAUUGUUGACAAAAGGUACAUGUUUGAUUUCUCCCACAAAGAGGCAGAAGAACUAAGGAGCAUAGAGAAGAAAGAUGUGAUUGAGUGGUACAAAACCUAUUUCAGAGAAUCAUCACGAAAAUGCCGUAGGCUUGCGGUUAGGGUGUGGGGAUGCAACACCGAUAUGAAAGAAACUCAGACAGAUCCCAAGUCGAUGCAGGUCAUUGCAGACGCUGUGGCUUUCAAGUCAACUUCUAAAUUUUACCCAAGCCUCUGUUAG